CGCGUGCGCGGGGCGGGGCGGGGGCCGUGCGGCGCUGAGGGCGGCGGUGGCUGCGGGGCCGGGCCGGGCCGUGCCGAGCCGUGCCCCAUGUCGGCCCCGUUCGAGGAGCGCAGCGGGGUGGUGCCCUGCGGCACGCCGUGGGGCCGCUGGUACCAGACGCUGGAGGAGGUGUUCAUCGAGGUGCGCGUCCCGCCGGGCACCCGCGCCAAGGACGUGCGGUGCAGCCUGGGCAGCCGCGACAUCGCGCUGGCCGUGUGCGGGCAGGAGCUGCUGCAGGGUAAACUUUUUGACUCUACAGUUACUGAUGAAGGCACAUGGACAUUAGAAGACAGGCAGCUGAUAAGGAUUGUUCUAAUGAAGACAAAUAGAGAUGCUGGAAACUGUUGGACAUCUCUGUUAGAAAAUGAAUACGCUGCUGAUCCCUGGGUACAGGACCAGAUGCAGAGGAAGCUCACACUGGAGCGAUUCCAGAGAGAGAACCCUGGAUUUGACUUUAGUGGGGCAGAAAUUUCUGGGAACUACAGCAAAGGAGGACCAGACUUUUCUAGUCUUGAAAAGUAAACUUUUUAUCUGCGUUCUUUUAGAGGAAUUACGUGUUACAGUUAAGGACUGGAAUCAUGUAACUGGUGAAGACUUCAGUGAUCUCUUCAAUGGAUUGUUGUCAAAAGUAAUCACUUCAGUGAACAGAAAGGUCUCUUCCAGCAGAAUGAAGAUAAAAUGUUACCAGCUGAUUUAUAAGCUGCAAUAACCUUAUAAUACUAAGGGACAAAUCAUAGAGAAAGGUGUACAUAAAAAACUAACAUCUUUGAGCAGAA